UUCUGGACACGAUUUGGUGUGUUUAUACCGGGUAAACUAAACAAUUUCAGGAUUUAAACACACUUACAAUAGCUAAACAAAUAGUUAUGUUUUAUUAAAAGGUUUAUUGAACAAAUUAUUCGAUUAAAUGAGCGAUUUAAAGCAAAAAUCGAGCAGUCAUGGAGGGAAACGUGACGGAGCAAAGACUACUGUUUCUGGAUAUUGAAGCAAAAUCAGACAGCACCUCAACAGUCAAAGAUAGGGUUACGGAGCCCUUGUGGACUCGCAGUGACAACUCCUUCAAAUUCAACUUCUUCACUGACAAUUCCUCAGGAUCCCAGGUGAAAACAUCUCCAUCAGACCCGAAUGAAGGAGCUUUAAGCCAGUUAUCAUUCUCAGGCCAGGGCUCGAAUUUUGCUUUCAACUUUGCUAUUCCUGAGGAUAUGGAAACAGCAGAAACAGCCCACUCCCCUUCAGCAAGCAACCAGCAACAGGACCAAAAAGAAAACCCUCCACUUUUGGCUACUAUUAGCACUCCAUCUGAAGUGUCUGCGCAACCUAAAACAAAACAAAAGAAGAAAAAGAAAUCUGGAGCAAAAGAACAACCUGGUAAAGACCCAAAGAAUGAACCUGAUGAUGGAGCAAAAGAAGAAGAAGAGCUGGGAGCUGAAGAAAAACUGAACAGAGAACUGGACUGGUGUAUCGAACAGCUGGAACUGGGGCUGAAGUGCCAGAAGGGAACACCUAAACAAAAAGAAGAAGCGUCUCGUGCUCUGAAAACUCUGCGCAGCUCCAAAGCUCCUCUAGCCAAGAAGAGGCAGGUGAUGAGAGCCAUGACUGGAGACUACAGGAAAAAAAUGGAGGAAGAGAGGGCAAAGCAGUUCAAACUCAUUCAGAGUGAGAUUGCAUCAGCUCAGGUCAAAGUUGUGUCAGACUCCCCAAAGAAGUCUGUUUUCCAUAGAAGAGCAGAAGUAAAAACACAGAAACUGUCAACAGAAGAGAGCCUGCAGCAGCGGGAAAGCCAGGAUGAUGCAACGCCACAGACUCAGACGGAGACGUCAUCUUUUGUUUUGGUUCCUUCAAAGGAGGAAUUUUGUUUUAAUUUUUUCUGAACUCUUGCAACCUGUGACUUUUCCCUAAACUCUUGUCAGACCCAAACAGUGAAGCUUGCCUCAAGAUGUCAGAAAGCAAGAAAAUAACAUUUUUAGUAUGUAUCUAAAUACAAAACCUGAUUUUAGGGUGGUGACACAAGCAACCCCCUAAAUCAGGUGACACUGUUUUUGUCACUAGAUUUAAGGAUGUCCUGUGAGAUGGUACAAUAAUACAUCCUUAAAUCAGGUGACACAAUGACUGUAACAUUGUGUAGCCAAAAAAUAAACUGAACGUUUAAAACUUUU